AUGGGUGGUAAUCUCAAGUUCCCUCAGACUGGUAAAAAAAGAGUGUGGUUUUGUCAUGUAGAUGAUGAUAACUAUGUGAAUGUACCAGCUUUAGUUGGGUUUCUGCAGCAGUAUAACCACAGUGAUAACUGGUAUUUAGGCAGACCAAGUAUAAGUCAUCCAAUGGAAGUACUAGACAGAGCUAACCCAGGACAAAAGUUGGCAUUUUGGUUUGCAACUGGAGGUGCAGGUUUCUGUAUAAGCAGAGGUCUAGCUGAUCAAAUGGUACCACAUGCUGGAGGAGGAAGGAUAAUGACAACAGGAGACAUCAUAAGGUUACCAGAUGACUGUACUGUGGGAUAUAUCAUAAAUCAUCUAUUGAAAGUGCCAUUAACAAAAAUUAAAGAAUUUCAUUCCCACUUAGAGGGACUACAUAGGAUUCCUCAGCAUCAACUCUCUGAUCAGCUGACUUUAAGUUAUUUUAACAGUAAUGUGAUAGAUGUAAAAGGGUACAGCCAUGAAAACGAUCCAACAAGAUUAAAAACAGUUCACUGUCAUCUGUAUCCCUACCUUUCUCAGUGUGUAGACAUGCCAAGAUGGUGACCAGUAUUAUAUAGUGUUCACCUAUACCUACUGGCUUCAGAUAUAACUAUAGUGCUGUUGCUGAAAUGCUGCUGCAAGACUUUAUAUUUAUACUAUAGAUUCAAGUCUUUUUGUAAAUGUAUCAUGCACAAGCAGAACAAUUUCAACGAGAUCAACAAAAGAUGAAAACUUUUUGAUACAUUUGUAAAUGAUAAAUUUUAUAAUCUGUGAUAUUGGCAUGAAAUGGUUGUAGUAGAUUAAAUUUUAAAACUUGAAUUAAUGAAAAUUAUUGAUUUUGUAACUAUGUUUCAAAAGUGUUGCAAGUAUCUUUUUUUGUUAUGUUAUUUGUUUUGGAAAAAAAGUCCCACUGAAUUUAUGUUAUUCAAGGGAGAUAAUUAUGUAAAUCCAAGUUAAAUUAAACCCAAAUAAUUUUUUAGACAACUGUAUUUUAUAGUUGUAAAACUGAGCUCUUAAGGUUUUAUGUUUCGCAAAAUUGCUGAUACAACAAAUGAUAAAAAAAGAAUUUCAGAAUAGAUGUUUGCUGCUUACAUGUGAAGUGCAAUUGAUUGAUAAGUUGGUUGUGUUCUAAUCUCAUUUAAAUUUUUAAAUUUUAUGUAAAAUUUCAUAUCACAUUCAUCAAAAUAAAGUUGUGACUAAAGUUUUAUAAUGAGAAAAUACAAUAUUCUUAUUGUGAAUUUGUCCUUUAUUUUAUUUUUCAUUUUAAUUUCCAUCACAGUUAACACUUUAUUAACUAAUAGCUGAUUUAUGAUUUCCUCUACCAGUUGAUUAUUUUUUUGUAAUCAGCACAUGGUUUGUUUUAUUUCAGUCCUCCAUUGUUCAAAAUUAAAUUUUAAAGUAAAAUUUUCUUGCUUUCCCCUGAUUUUGCUGUUGGAAUAUCAUGAAAAAAGGAUGACCUGUCUGAAAUAACUCUUUAUGCAGAUUAUUGAAAGCAAGAUAAAGUUUGUCUAAAAGUCAAUCUAGAAGUUCAAAUGCAAUUGUGAAGAAAUUUAAUCAAUUAAUUAUUAUUUGUAUUUCAGAAAUGCAAUACCUGAACCUUAUUUGUUUUUUCCUGUUUAAAUUGUUUUAUAACAGUGUUUUGGGUCUAAAUAGAGCCCUUAGUAGGAUGCUGUCCAAUGUGAGCCAGGCCAGGCCUUUGUGUUGAAGGCUCUAUUAUUGCUUACUUUAACUACGCUGUGUCUUGAUGGAGAGUUGUCUCUUUGGUACUCCUACCACAUUUAAAAAGAUAUUCCCUCUGACAUUUGAAAUUGAACUUAAGUUGCCUUGUUACUAAGGUUUCUUAUAUUGACCUAUCCCUUUUCUCUCUUGCUGGAUAGUUUUAUACUGGUCAUUUGGGGGCACUAUGUAGCAUACUGAUCAAUGAGAUGGCUCAAAAUCUCAUUACACUAUAAUUUGACAUUUUCGUACUUAAUAUAUAUAAACUGAAAAUUCAUCAUCUGAUGGUUUAUUCUCAUUUCGCCUUAGCUGUCAAAAUAAUUAUAUAAAAUUAAUCCCAGUUUGCCUUAGUACAAAUUUUCAGGUACACAGAAAUAACUAUGGCGAUAUGGGAGCUUCUGUAAACAAUGUAAUUAAGUUAUGUUUUGUUUGUAUAAUGUAGACGAAAGAAUGUGUUUUAUGUGUAAUGAUAACAUAGAAGACGAAAAACAUGUAAUAUUUUCUUGAAUAUUUGAUAUAUCUUAAUUAUAAUAAAAGAAAUACUGU